UCCAUCGUUUAUGGCCGUGUUUGAGGGAAUUACAGGAGGAGGAGGAGUGGGGGAGACAAGGGGGACUCGCGAGGUACUCUGGGGAUGUAAGGGAUAGGGGCUCAGGGCACGGUGGCAAGUACGCGAGCAGACAAAGUAUUUUAGGCAAGAAGUUAGACCUUCUAGGAAAAGGAAGGAGAUGUAAAAAAUCUGGAGCUAUCUUCUUAACAAUUUGCUAUGAUUUUAGCCCUUUCUGUGAACUCACACUGAGAGUUCUUACCCGUUUUACGAGUGUCCUCAGCAGGGUGAGGGCCUGUCCAUGGGGCAUUUCAUUUCCUCCACGCUUCUGCUCCCCGUGUGACCUCUCAUGAACAGCAGGGACCAAACCAGCCACACUGUGUUCUCUCAGUCUCUGAGGCCAGAGUCGCCCUGCAGCCCUUCCUCGGAACACAAACAGGGGUCCUUUCACAGAUGCUAAUAUGUCCGUGCUUUACUGGUACACUAUUGAUGAUGGCAGGUUUUUAAACGAGUAGUGAUAAAAGUGACAGGAAGUAAAGAGAUCAUAGGUGACACCAAGAUAGAACUGAGUCAGCCAUCACCAAGCUAGUUAGUGAGGCUGCUUUCUCUCUGUGAGCCUCACUUCCUCCACCUGUAAAAGAGCAGAAUCUUGAAGGCGACUGGUGCUACUCUAAGUGUGGUCGUUGGGCAAGGAGAUUUGCCAUGAUCUGAGACAUUGGGGGAAAUGAAAAUAACACACUCCACCCUGAUCACUGAGGUCAGAUUUCUGGGAAUGAGGAAGUUCUAUUUACCAAGCUCCCAGAUUCUUUUGCAUGUUAAAAUUUGAGACCCAUGGGCCUAGAAUCCAAUAUCUAAAGUCUGUCCAUACCUAAAACCCUAUUGUUCUCACAGACAAGACAUUACCCCAAGGUCCGGCCCUACGAUAAAACGGGGAUGGCCGGCAAUACGGUGAACGACUUUAUUGAGGACUUGAAGGGAAAGAAGGCGUUAACAAAGCAAGAGUUACGUGCAUUAGGGAAAAGAGUGGACCUCAUCGUGGAUAAGACUGAAGGCCUGAUUGAUGAUCUCAAUGAGAAAUCGGAAAUAGUAGGAAAAAUGUUAGUGAAAAGUAUCUUCGGUCCCAAAGGCGAGCUGGCUUUAGAAAUUCUUGAUGAAAAUGAGAGGGAUGAAUCUGGCAAAAUCAAAUCAUUUUCCUCCUCAACAGUUUUUCAGGUAACCCAGGCUUCCCAAAUCAAUGUGCUGAAGCUUUGUCCUUGUAUCCAUUUUAAGGAACCAAAGACAAUAAUGGCACAUGAGAUCUAUCCAGUGAUGGAGAAGAAGAGCCGAAUGCGCCUGGCUCUCAUCAUUUGCAAUAGAACAUUCGAUUAUCUUUCUGAGCGAGUAGGCUGUGAAAAGGACAUUUCGGGGAUGCGAGAUCUGCUGGAGAACCUUGGAUAUUCAGUGGUUAUAAAGGAAAAUCUCACCGCCCAGGAAAUGAAGGUCGAGCUGAAGCACUUUGCUGCCCGCCCAGAGCACCGCUUCUCAGACAGCACGUUCCUGGUGUUAAUGUCACACGGCAUCCUGGACGGGAUCUGUGGGACAAAGCACAGGGAGGAAGAGCCAGAUAUCCUUCAAGAUGACACCAUCUUCCAGAUUUUCAACAACCGCAACUGUAGGAACCUAAAAGACAAACCGAAGGUCAUCAUCAUGCAGGCCUGCCGAGGCAAAGGCAACGGGGCCGUCUGGGUGACAGAUGUGGGAGAAGCCUGUGCAUGGCCGGAAAACCAGCCCUCAGCACCGUACAUCUUCAGUGAUGCCGUACAAAAGACCCAUGUGGAGAAGGACUUCAUCGCUUUCAAAUCUUCGACUCCACAUAACGUUUCCUGGAGACUGAACACAGAUGGCUCUGUCUUCAUUUCCCAUCUUAUCCGCUACUUCAAAAUGUAUUCUUGUUGUCAUCAUUUGGAGGAGAUUUUCCGAAAGGUUCAAUAUUCAUUCGAGACUCCAAAUAUAAUUACCCAGAUGCCCACGAUUGAGAGACUCUCCAUGACACGAUAUUUCUACCUCUUCCCUGGGAAUUAAAACUCAUACACAGCAUCUCAGGGAAACUGGGCCAUUAUGUACUCGACGAAUCUACUACUUUAAAAGGGCAAUGUCUGCUCGUGACUAUUUUUAUACGAAACUUCCCAAAUGCCCACCUUCAACCAAGGCCAAGUGAAAAUCAAUGUCAUAUUGUUGCUGAGUUAGUACUUACUACAUUUUUUAAAAAUUAUGUUUGUUUUCUCACGUUAUUGUAAGGGUAAAACAUUUUCAUUGCAAAACAAAGUUUAAGUAUAGAAAAACAUUUAAAAAAUAUUUAAUGACUAAGUGAUUACAUUAAUAGGUGUCCUGGUAUUAGGCAAAGAUCAUAUUCUCGGGAUAAACUCUUCUCUGUUAUAAAGGAUCAUUCACGUACUCUCCAUUUGGAAGACUAUUACUAACAUUUGACUUGGGACAUUUACAUUAUAGACUGAAUUCUCAUUUAUUUUGACUCAUUUCUAACUUGGCCAUAGGAUAUUUUGAUAAUAUUUUUUAAUGAACUACAAGUAGUAUUUUUUUUUGAUUCCUAGAAUGUGAAAAAUCUUUGUCCCUGAGUUCACUUAUGAGUUCUCCUAAAAACAUAUACAAAGGCCAGUGUGAAUUUAUUUCUUAGUAGUAUGUUUUUAUUAUCAAAAUGUUGAUUUUUUAAAAAAAAGUACCCAUACAUAUCUGCAUCUGUAUACUCAUUAACUUUCAAACUAUAGAUGAAAGCCAAUGUGUAUAAUCAGUAAAAAAAAAAAACAAAAAAACAAAAAAAA